CAGCAUUCAAUAACCCACACACCACACCACACCACACCACACCACCUCUCUCUCUCUCUCUCUCAAGUUUUUUUAGUACGCUUAAAACUCUCAAGUGCAGAAUAAUCGUAUUUGUUGUCUCGCUCGUCCGCCAUGAAAGCGCAGCACUCAAAGCUGAAGACCACGCCUCGCCCUCUCUUCUCCUGUGCCUUCUUUCGUCACUGCACCCAAAGCGCCCUUAGCCCUACCGGUGCUGCUUCUCCUCCCCACCACCACCACCACCAUCACCUCCCACUCUCUCCCCCCACCUCCCACCCACCACCGCCUCCUCCUACGCCGCCGCCGCCGCCUCCACCUCCUGCUCCGCCCUCCGACCUCCAGCACCAACCCGGCUCCGGAUCAUCCUCCUCCUCGACCUCCCAAAGCUUCACCCAGUGGAAGUUCUCCAUCCCCAACUCCCACCUCCUCCACCCCCCACCGCAGCCACCCCCGCCGGAAACAACUGUACAUUCUCAUCCACCGCCACCCCCCACCGUUAGCCUCCAAGAACUCUUCCACAUCGCGGAGCUCCAACUCACCUCCGGGUCGGACACGGACCGGGUCUCCGCGCUCCACCUACUCGAACGCUCACUUGUUCCCAACCCGCCGGCCGAAGGUGGCGACGAGCCAUCGUGCCCACCGGCGGUAAUGGCCCGGGUGGUGGAGUAUCUGAAAGACAGGGUAGGGGCAAAAGCGGCAACGAAAAUAUUGCUGGCGCUGUGUUUGGCGGAGGGUAACCGACGCGUGGCGGUGGAGGUGGGGGCCGUGGGGGCGGCGGUGGAGGCGAUGACGGGCCUGGACGGGCCGGUGGCUGAGAGGGCUUUGGCGGCGCUUGAACUAAUGUGUACGGUGGCGGAGGGAGCGGCGGAGGUAAGGGCCCACGCCCUGGCAGUGCCGAUGAUGGUGGAGAUGAUGAGGAAGAUGGCGGCGCGGGGAAGGGAGUACGCAAUCGGCGUGCUCGCGGUAAUAUUCGGUGGGAGUUGGGGUGAAGAUGGGUAUCCGGCGCCGCCGGAGGAGGUGGCGCGUGCUGUGGCUUUUGCCCUGCAGGGGGAUUGCAGUGCGAGGGGGAGGAGGAAAGGGGCCCAGCUUCUGAAGGCGCUUCAGGAGAAUGGACGGCUGGAUCUGACCCAGGAUGGAAGAUGAACGGCUAGAUAGGAAUGAAUGGGUUUGUCGCGGUUCCAGAGUACAGAGGUUGUACCAAUUAUUGCCCUGAUUUUACGAACUUUUUAUGAUAAAUAUUAUUUGCUUAAUAAAUUUGUUUGGGAUUAAAUUGAAAAAAA